GCAAGGCGCGGAUCUUAACCUAGUGUCUCCAUAUUAUGAAAAAUUUAUAAAACUUUUAGAAAAAAUAUUUAUAAUCUUCAAAUUCUUAGAUCCAACUCUGUUUACGUGAAACUUUAUGAAAAUGGUUAGGACUUUAAUUUGAGAUUGUAAAAGAAUCAUAGCUUUUUAGUUAGCAGUUAUUUAUGUUAUCCAAUCACCUAUUUACUGGUUAUUAUAGGCUCCCCUGGAGGAAAUGGUUGUUAAAGUAUAAGCUUUAGCCUUUAGUCUCUUCAUGAGUAAGUCACAAAGUGACUUGUGUUAGUUCAGCUCGGCGGUGGUAGCUGGUACGGUGGAAUGCUGUAAGUGAUCCAGCACUGAAUCCGUGCUCGGGGGUGGUACCGUAGCUCUCUUUUUUUAUCUUGUCUUUAUCAAUAAAUUGGGUAGAAUAAAAAGCAAAUAGCAAAUCAACGUUUUUAAUAAAAUUCAGGUCAGACCCAUCAUUUUAAAUAUUGUCUAAACCCACAAAAGGCCCAUAUAUUAUUACUGCACUCUUUAUAUCUUCCCCGACCAAUGAUUUUGGGGAUAGUUCGAAACCCUAACCUUAUCAUACUCAAGUAUCUCGACCUUGUUGUUGAUUUGAAGGAAGUAGCGCCAACUUCCCUUCUAAAGGAUCGGAAGAGAGAGUAACAAAGAUCUUGGAGUAACGCAUAUAUCUCAACCAACGAUGAUCCAGGAACCUAAAACAAUGUCUCCUCCUCCUAUUGAUGUUGCAAAUACAGACACUCCCUCAAAGUUAUUAUCACAGGUUAUAUUUAUCGAUCAAAGUUAUUAUAUAUAUGUCUGGUUCAUACCGUUUUACUGUUAUGAUGAUGGUCAGCAGCUGUCAGCAGCGCUUCCCAACAUUGAAAAUCAUGUGGUUAUCAAUCAGAAAUUAAGCGGAUUCGCUACGCACUUUCCAUUUCAGAGAGUGGUAUCACUUGCCAUGGAUAGAGCGAUCAAAGAGAUUGUGUCUGGUAUUGUCCGGAGAAGUGUUUGCAUUGCUUGCCAAACAACAAAAGAGCUUGUGCUGAAGGAUUAUGCCUUGGAACCAGAUGAGGCACGUAUAUAUAGUGCAGCUCACUUGAUGGUAGCGAGUUUAGCUGGGAGUUUUGCUCAUGUGACGUGCAAGGAACCCCUGCGCACGUCAAUAUCACGUUAUCUGCGGCAUUUUCUCCAGGAUCUGAAUAUUAAAAGUGAAGCUCUUGAACAAAUUGUGCAACUUGUGACUAAUGACAACCUUGAUCUGGGUUGUGCUGCCAUUGAGCAGGCGGCUACAGAGAAGGCAGUACAAGCUAUUGACGCGGACAUUGCCCAGCAAUUGUUGUUAAGGAGAGAUGGGGCUGGAUCCUCCCUAUCGCAGAAUUCUGUCAGUUUUAUACCACAGUCCCUCCGCCCCAAACCGGGACAGCCGUCCCUGUCUCAACAGCGAGUUUAUGAGGAAUUUGUUCAACUUCCUUGGCAAAAGCAGUCAACCCACACUUCACACGGUUUAUCUGGUGAGGUUGGGCUUGGUAGUGGUUAUGGUCCAGUAUGAGGAAAAAGUGCUUCGGACUCUUUGUCUGGUGUUGAAAUUGCUCCUAUGGAUAUGGUCUCCCGGGCAUCAUAUCUUUCUGAUGAGGGUUUUGAAUUCCAGUUUCACUUUUAACUUUUAAGGUGCUUUAGGUGAUGAUUGUUUUGUUAGAUUUUAGAUUUUGUUUUUUGGUUUUUAGUUUUUGGUUUUUAGUUUUUGGUUAUUGAUUUCGCAGUAGAUUUUGGUUUUUUGAAAAACUUCAUUAGUGUUUUUAUAUUUUUGUUUUUAGUUUCUGGUUUUUGUUUUUAAAAAUAAUAAAAUUUAAAAUAUUAUGAAUAGUAAAAUAGCUAUUAUUGGAAAAUAAAAAAAAUAAAAUACUAUCGUCAAAGCAUAAACAAACUUAUUAGAAAUUAUUUUAAAACAAAAAAUUGAAAUAUAAAAUAAAAAUUAUCUUGAAUCCCAUAAAGAUGCAGAAAUUUGAUCUCGAGUGCCUUCAAUAUAGUGCACAUGAGUGUUAUUAUUAUGUUCUUCGUCUUCAUUUGAAUCAGAGUCUUGUUGGUACAUUACCAGUUGAAUAGUUUGAAUCAAUAUCAACAUCUCAUAAAUUUGAUAGUUUGAUAAAAUUAUUUAAAGUCAGUGUAACUGCAACAACUUUCCUUUCCACACACCAAAAGUCCACACACCAAAAAGUCAUUUUCCUUAAAACCCUCCAUUUUUCUUCUUUUUCACAGAUCAAAAAUCCUUUCAAUAACAUAUCGUAGCGAAGAAUGUCAUUUUGUUAAACAUUUCUUUAAAACUACUGGGCGGACUAGCUUUAUUGUAUUGUCUAGGCUGAUAUCUUUCCCCUCUAUACAAAGUAAAAAAUCCAGGUUGAAGAGGAUGACCAGAAUCUCCUAAAUAAUACUCUGCAGUUGGAAAUUGAUGAGGCCCCUUCAUUGCUAGUACUAAAACUUUUGCAUCAUGAGCUGAUCCCGAAAUACCUAUAUAUGUAUAUAUAAACAAUAUGUUCAUAUUGCAUAUAGCUAAAACAUUCGUACUCGUGUCAUUGGGCUUGUUCAUAAAGUUAUGUUAGUUUCAUGUAUGCUUCAUUUAUACUGUUGUUAUAACUAAGGGUAAGUCCCCACGCAAGCGUGGGGGUUGUGUACGUUGUUGUUGCAUUGUCUCUAACUCUGUAAGAGAAACCUGUGAAGUUCUUGUGAAGUUGUUUUGCCGAGAUUUGGUAAAAAGGAUGGUUUAUGGGGUGUUUUGAACUGCAAAGUUUAUUGUCUUAUUGUUGUGGAUGUUUGGUGUUGGGAUUGUAUUGUUUGUUUUGUUGUCUAUGUUAAUAGUCUUUGGUUAAGGGUUGAGUUUAUAAUUGGAUACAGUAAGUUAUAGUUUUGCUGGGCCGUAAUA